AUGCCCAACCCUCUCAAGGCAAUACAUGCAAGUUUCAACCUCCUGACCUGGGCGCUGGACCACGACCAAGUCCCGAACGAUAUCCGUCGCAGUCUCGAGCUCGUUCGAACAUGCGACUCAGAUCUUCAGCAUCUCAUAGAACUACGUCAAGAGUGUCUCCAUCUCCUUCAGCGCCGCCCAAAGGUUCUUGAGCGCGUACACAGCAUUAUCGAAUCAGCUCAAAGAGGACUUCAAGAAGUCUGCGAGAUUGUCGAGAGAUGCCGCCCUGAGGCCGACAGAGGUGGAAAGACCACCUUUUCGAAGCGUAUGGCAUGGGUGCUUGUAGAUGCGAGUGAGUUCAAGAGUCAGGAACCUAUUGUUAGUCGACAUCAUGCCGCUGUGCUCGCUGAGUUGAACUUUCUGAGACAGAUAGCUCUUUUGGCUCCUGUUCCUGAACCCGUGAAAGUUAAGGAGAAGCGCGGUGUAAGAGAUGAAGCCGCAGUGUUUGAUAACGUUGCGCUGCUAGGGGAUCUUCUUGGUGAUGCAACGGGCAAGAAACCACAAAUUGUUCAGUCUAUUGAUGCUCCAACUCCAACCAUAGUCUUCAACACAAACGCAGAAUCCGCCACACCAACAACUCAAUCCUUGCUCCAAGUACCUCAGUCUCUUCAUAGAUCAACGAGUUCGCAGACGAUGCACAUAGAACAUGCGUCUGAGUCACUCCCAGAACUUGUCCCAGUCAACAUGAACAGCACAGCUCUACCUAAAUCUUUCACUUCAAGUGCCACUUACGAUACUGAGGCCCUCGCAGGAUUGAGUCUGCUUCUAGGAGACCCCUUGGACUGGAGACACUCACCGCCUCUGGCGCCAGCCAACAAUGGUCAACUGAACCGACCAGUGACGGCUCCAUCUCAAAGACGGCUUGCACAUUUCACCAAUAAUGAUUCUGACCAACAUCUUCCACUUCAUAGCCCCUAUGAUAGUGUCUCUGAUCUUAGCCAAACCAGCCAGCGAGCAAGCCUCAACUACACUCCGUCACGUCUAUCACCAAGCAUCUCAAGCCCUUAUCAUCAGCAUCAUUCACUUUCAAGACCUCCAGCAGCCACACGAUCAGCGUCUCAGCUCCACCAUAUGCCCUCUGGCCACUAUCCGGGGCAGCUCACGUGGUCAAAUUCGUCUUCUGCAACAAUAUCCUCCAUCUCGUCCGGUGUAACGAGCCUUGACUACAGCAGGAUACCGCCAAUUGCUGAGCUUGAUAGUUCUCCCCACCAUAUGGUUCCAAUUGUUGGUGCAUUGAGCCAUCUAAAUCGCCCCAACGAGGUGCCAAUGGACCAAAAACUCGCUAUCCAAAUCAACACAACACCUGUCGAACUUCCAGCAGAGGAAAACCUAUCCACGAACAUAAACCCAUACUGCCAGACUUUCCGUCCAGGGUCUAACAGAAGAGGGCGAGCCAUCAGUCAACCAACAUCAACACUACAUCAGCAAAUAACGCGGAAAUCAACUCUUAACCAGGGAAAGGAAGUGGUGAGGGAUUAUAAUGGUGUGCCAAAAGAUUAUGCAACGUGGUAG